UGGCAGGGACUCCUGGACUUUGGGCUCUCGACUAUAACUGUCAUCUGACUUCAGUAUAUAUACACGGAAGCACAGGUCCGAACUAAAUCCUGACAGAUACACGAGCCCCAAAGCAGCACAUUGCAGUCAUGAAGGCGUUUGUAGUGCUAGCCGUUGCAGUGCUCUCUGGCUGCCAUGCCAACCUCUUCUAUGCUGAUGCGCCCAAACCACAGCUGGAGGUGGUGACUGAUGCUUUCUGGGAAUAUGCUGAAAAAGCCACCCGGACAGCAGACGACACCCUCCAGAUGAUCAGAAAGUCACCAAUAGGACAGGAAAUUAAUGCCCGUCUGACAGAAAGCGCUGACAUGGCCAGCAAAUAUGCAGUGACCCUGCAAGAGCAGCUUCCCCCUGCAGCCCAGGACCUGAUGACCAAGAUCACCACAGAAGCUGAUGUGUUGAAAAAUGUGCUGACCCAGGAGCUGACUUCUGUCAGGGGCAAGUUGGAGCCCUACACUGAGGACAUGAAGGCCCAGAUCCAGCAGAGAGUGGAGCAGCUUAAACAGGAAGUGGCACCCUAUGCAGACUCCCUGGACUCUGAAGCCCUCAGGACCACCCUGAUGCAGAGGAGUGAGGAGCUAAAGACCAGUCUGGAGCAGAGUGUCAAGGACCUGCAGGCUCAGCUGGGCCCCUACACAGAUGACCUGAAGCAGAAGGUGGACCAGCACCUGAAGCGCUUCCAAAAAAGCGUUUCCCCCAUGACUGAGAAGGUCCAGCUGGAGUUGAGUCAACGGGCCAGUCUGGUGAAAAAAAUGGUGGCCCCCUACGCCGAGGACCUGAGGGAAAAGCUUGACCCAUACGCCCAGGACCUCCAAGCCCAGCUCAUGUCCCUCUACCAGUCCUUUGUCAACGCCAACUAAGUCAACCUCCACCAGCAAUAUCAUGUACCAAGACCCUGGCCUUGUUGGUCUACCUCUGUUUGAAGCAUGGCAUGCAGUAAUUUAAAUAGCUGACUAUAUGCACAGCCACAACAUAAUAUUUAUUGCUUAGUGCAAACAUUUCAAACCUUGCACUUGUUGAAGAUGUAUAUACUUAGUUUUUAUUGUGUGUUGUGAAGUUAGAAACUGUGACCUUUUUUGUAAUUUGUAAGUUAUCUAAAAUAAAAUGACGAAUCUGGAAACCAUAAACUAGGCCAAUCAUUUUCUCUUUAAAGAAUGUAUAGAUCCAUGAGGACGUUCAUCACAAAAAGUCUUCUCGCUAGACAAUAACUAAACACAGGGAAAAGUCUCCCGUACGGUCACAAGCCACAGUUAAACGUGCUGCUUCUCCCCUGGGAGGUAGCUCGUAUUUUCUCUUGUCUUAGCAUGUCCUGGUUCCUGUCACAGUUUUGUCUCCUGUUUUUUUCCAGAGGUGAGGCGGAUUAAUUCUUGUCUCAUCUACCUGUCAACGCUUGCCAUAAAACUGCACUUUACAUGUGUCCAAAACAAUACUGUAAUAAACACAGAUGACAAAUGUGAUGUGGUGAGGUCUAGAGAUGAUCUAACCCCCCUAGAUUAUACACCGACAUCUGGUUACAAUAAAUAUAUUUUUUUUGUGUAA